AUGGUUGGCGUUGAUCUGACCAUCGAUACGUUGCCUGAAUCAUCAUCGGACUGUCAGCUUUCGGACACAACACAAGCAGAAUGCCAUAUUGGUAUUCGUUGGUAUAGUGAACCACAUGAGAGUAUCAUGAUCCAGGGAACCACUGACUUACAUGACUACACUAGCUUUGGUGAUACUGUCACUUAUGUCUCAGCUACCUACUUUGGUAGUAAGGGUUGGGAGCGAUGGAUGUAA